UAGAAACCGAAACACGGGUUUACGUACCUGUGCCGCUAAGGCAGUCGACGUCCGCAUCCCCGGCUGUUCCACGUCAACGUGUCAUCGUGUGUGACGGAACGCUGCCGCAAUGACCUCCAAGGGCAACAUCUUCGUGACCGGAGGUGCCGGGUACGUCGGUAGCCACACCGUCCUAGAGUUGCUCAACGCCGGCUACGCUGUCGUCGUCAUGGACAAUUACCACAACGCUCAUCCGGAUAAGGAAGGUAAAAUGCCCGAGAGUUUGCGGAGGGUUCAGGAGCUGACUGGAAAGGUGGUGACGUUUUACAAAGCAGACCUGAAAGACCAGACCUCCAUAGACGAAAUCUUUAAGAAGCAUCACUUCGACUGCGUGAUCCAUUUUGCGGCGCUCAAGGCGGUUGGCGAGUCGUGGCAGAUUCCGCUGGACUACUAUCGUACGAACCUAGGCGGAACCGUGAACCUGCUCGAUGUGAUGAGAAGCCACGGGGUGAAGAGGAUCAUAUUUUCCAGCUCGUGCACGGUGUACGGCGUGCCCAAGUACCUGCCCAUCGACGAGGACCACCCGACGGGUCAGUCCUGCACCAAUCCUUACGGGCGCACAAAGUACUUCAUUGAGGAAAUGCUGAAGGAUCUCAGUGCCUCCGAGGAGGGCUGGUCGAUAGUGCUGCUCAGAUACUUCAACCCAGUGGGUGCCCACGAAUCUGGCUACAUUGGUGAGGACCCCCAGGGCAUACCCAACAACCUUAUGCCUUACGUUUCACAAGUGGCUAUCGGCCGUCGUUCGGAGCUUUCAGUCUUCGGCAACGACUUCAAAACCCGCGAUGGCACAGGGGUCCGGGACUAUGUACAUGUGGUCGACCUUGCGAAAGGUCAUGUGGCAACCCUCGACAAGGUGAUGGCUGGAAAGAUCCAGGGAUGCAAGCCCUUCAACUUGGGCACGGGCCAGGGUUCUUCUGUGCUAGAGGUGAUAGCAGCGUUUGAGAAGGCGUCUGGCAUGAAGAUUCCGUACAAGAUAGUCGAUCGAAGGCAGGGCGACGUUGACGAGCUGUACGCAAUUCCCAACCUGGCCGAGAAGGAGCUCGGCUGGAAAGCCGAGAAGUCUCUCUACGACAUGUGCAAGGAUAUGUGGAACUGGCAGAAGAAGAACCCAAAUGGCUUUCUAGAAACGACAAACUAGUUGGCGGAUGAAUGGUAGUGCAUGUGCUAUGCGCUUGACCAUUUACAUUUUUUGUUGUUUCUUCUCAGUUUAUAACUUUUUUUUUUCUCGUUCUCAGUCGGGAUCUUCAACAUAGUCAGGGUUGUGCCGUGAUCUUUCGUUGACAGACCUUUAAAAAAGGUCACAAGAAAAAAAAGAAAACCAAAAGAAUGCUAGUCGCAUCUCCAGAAAAAGAGAAUUGUUUUUCUUUUUUCUGGUUGUGUCACUGUCCGCUGUGGUCAGACCAUGUUCCAUGGAACUUAGAAGUUUUCUCCUUUGUUUGUUAUUGUUGAUGCUUUUUGUUUUGGACACCGAGCCCAAACGACUUCCCAAUUUCCUGCACCUAGUCGGAUCAGACCAAGUUGCCCGUCUAGUCUCUUCAACUGUGCCAAAGACCAUAGGGUUGGCGAUGCAUCUAACGUUCGCCGUUAGUCAUCAUAUCAGUUGUGAUGGCAACUGAUGGAGCAUCGCUUGAAUACUAUUUUUUCAACAUUUUUAUUACUUUGCAUAUUUAUGGUCGCCGUUGAUAAUAACUGCAGGAUUGUCUAAGAAAUCAUUCUUGCCAAAUUAUUUUCGAAACAUCAGCAUUUGAUGUCAGUGAUGCUUUUUUUGUUAUUGUUUCUGUUUACUAAAGGAAGCAAGUUCAGUGCUUAAUUUUGUGGUGGUUGCGCUGCGAGAAACAAAAGAGGGGUUGUAUAAACAAAGCACAUUGAUGUUAUUUCCUACAAAAAUUACAAUGUUGUGAAGUGAUAAUGGUGUUAAUCGUGGAGCGAUCUCCUGGUGCCAGUCGCAACAUCAAGUUUACACUCACCAUGGUAAUCAAUACAUGGUAAUUGAAAAAAUAGAGCAUUGUAUUACUUUGUUUGCUGAUCUUCAAUACAGAUUAAAUCCAUAAUGAAUUAAUCUAGAUUACAAACCAAAUCAUUCUCAUUACACACGAAUCAUAUGUUAUUGAUUGUAGGCGCUCAACAACCGCUUUUCAUGAAAGUCUUAUCGUUUUGCUUUGUUGUCCUAAUGUAAAGCUUUUCUUGGUUGUUGCUUCAAUCAUUUCCAGCAUUUUGCAUGUACUGCAUGCGUACAAAGGCAAAAAGUACUGUUUUAUGCAUUUCCUGUGCUCCUCUUUACAUAGCCUGGAACAGGUCUCGCUUUUUUGUGUGUGUGUGUUGAGCAGUGUUUUUUUUGGAGCAAGCCGUAAUGGUCUUCGAAAAGUCAUUUUUUCUGUCUGCUAGGUAUUUUAUAGAUCACCUGAAGGAGGUUUCCAAUAAUAUUUUUAUUGUUUUGUAAUAAACUAUUUUUUUACCCGUG